UUUCCUUCUCUUCAGUUGUCAUCCAGUUGAGGUAAGUGUUCACUACAUCUUCGAAAUUGUGCUCGUGCAUGUUCCGGUGAGCUCUUCUCUUGCGACUGCUCUGAAGACAACGGGCACCCCACGGCACAAACGUCUGGAGUGGAUUCACGACUCGAAUCAUUCCAUGACUUCAACUAACACAGAAUGGGUGCGCUUCUCGCUGCUCCGGCAUGCGCAGCUUCAAUUGCCUGCUGCUGUGGAAGCGCAGCUUGUUCGUUAUGCUGUUCGGAUGUGCGCUGCUUUGGCCUCCUUCUUCUUCAUCUUCAUGAUAAUGAUGUUUGGAGUGAAAUCAUCAAGGGAUGCACGAUCGUCAAUUCAGAAUGGAUUUUGGUUAGCUUUCUUUCUUAUCAUAAUCAUGUUACGUACUCCCGUUUAUGGGACGGUUUAA